CCUUCUCAUCUGGUUCUUUUCUUUGCUCAUUCUCAGUGCCAAGGCCUUAAACCCUCCAAAGUCCCAUUGUGCGGUUUCAUGGUUUGAAAAGAUUGAAACUUUGAAGCUCUCUCAGUGUGAAAGGCCUUAAACCCUCCAAAAUUCCCACUGUGCGAUUUCAUGGUUUGAAAAGAUUGAAACUUUGAAGCUCUCUCUCUCAAAAAAAAAUGGCUUCUCUUUCUAUUAACCUGUUUCCUUCACUUCCCAGGCAGCAUAUAAAUAGGAGCUUUUACCCAUAUAUGAACACAGUGCAGCUUCAUAAUCUUGGAUCUAAGAUAAAAUGGGUUGUCACUGCAGUAUCUGAUGAAAGAGUUACAGAGGCAAUAGUUAAGGGGGCGGGCGAUGAAGAGGUGGAUACAGGGAAAAGGGUUCGUCGAACAUCAAAGCGAACUUCUUCUAGGACUAGGAAAAAGUCAGUAGUAUGGACUUCAGAUGAUGAAUCUUUACCUGCUGAGAAUGGAAAUGAUACAGAUAAAGAAAGGAGAAUAGCUUCAGGGCCAACUGAAGAUUCCAAGAAAACCCGGAAGCAAACUCGAAAGAAAGUGGGAGUAUCGGAUGUUUCGGAUGAUGAUUCUUUGUCUGCUGAAAAUGGAAAUGUUGAGGAUGAGGGGAUUAUAGCGAUUUCAGGGCCGAGUGAUGAUUCCAAGAAGUCGAGGAGAUCUACUCAAAAGAAAGCUACUGCUUCUAGUAGCUCGGAGAACGUUUCAACCAAGAAGAAGGUAACAAAGCGGAGGGGAAGUAAGAAGGUGCUUGAUGAUUUGGAAGAUCAGGAUAGCCGGUUAGAAUCUAGUUCUCGUGAAGGGGACAUGCUUAUUGUGAAAAUGGACGAUAACAAUGAAGAUGAACUAGAGUUGGAUAAAGACGGAGGGGAGGAUAUUAGUUUCACCUACGGGUGGCCACCCCUCGUUUGUUGCUUCGGUGCAGCACAACACGCUUUUGUGCCUUCAGCGAGGCGAGCCAACAGACUAGUGGACCAUGAAGCACAUGAAAGGACGAAGGAUGCGAUUUGGGCUCCUGAAAAAUUCAUGAGAGCUCCUGGGGGAAGUUCAAGUAACGUUGCUAUUGCUCUUGCACGCAUAGGUGGUAAAGUUGCCUUCAUGGGGAAACUCGGAGAUGAUGAUUUUGGCCAAUCAUUGUUAUAUUAUUUGAAUAUCAACGAGGUCCAAACCCGAUCAGUAUGUAUUGAUAAUAAAAAACCAACAGCUAUAUCGAAAAUGAAAAUGAGUAAAAGGGGCGCCUUGAAGAUGACCAGUCUCAAACCAUGUGCAGAGGAUUCCUUAUCGAAGUCUGAGAUCAAUAUUGAUGUGCUGAAAGAGGCAAAACUGUUUUACUUCAACACAUUAUCCCUGCUUGACCCAAAUAUGAGAUCAACUACAUUCAGGGCCAUCGAGAUCUCAAAGAAACUCGGAGGGGUUAUUUUUUAUGAUCUCAAUCUUCCGUUGCCACUGUGGCAAUCUGGGGAUGAAGCCAAGGCUUUUGUACAGCAAGCAUGGGAUCUUGCAGAUAUCAUUGAAGUUACAAAGCAAGAACUUGAAUUUCUAUGUGGAAUCAAUCCUGUUGAAAGGUUUGACACGAGAGACAAUGACAGAGAUAAGUUCACUCAUUACACGCCUGAAGUUAUUGCUCCACUUUGGCAUGAAAAUUUAAAGGUUUUGUUCGUAACUAAUGGCACUUCAAAGAUACAUUACUAUACAAAGGAGCAUAAUGGUGCUGUUCUUGGAAUGGAGGACACACCUCUCACCCCUUACACUUCUGAUAUGUCUGCAACGGGAGAUGGCAUUAUUGCAGGUAUCCUGCGAAUGCUGACAGUCCAGCCUCACCUUGUCACUGACAAAGGGUACUUGGAACAAACCAUCAAGUAUGCCAUUAGCUGUGGGGUAGUUGAUCAAUGGCUGCUGGCGCGGAGAUAUGGCUACCCUCCAAAAGAAGGCAUGGAAGACGAUGUGGUCCCCGACCCCCAUGGCAUAAGGUCAGUAACAGAAAAGGAGUACAGAACAGUUGUGCCUGUAAGUUGAUUACGUUUCUUCUUUAGAUGUCUGUCUGUUCUUCCACCCACAGAGGCCUUGAUUCCUCUUCUUAGAAACAGUUCCUUCGAUGUAGAAUCUGUACAACAAUUUUUGAAAUACACAGAGAUCUAUGAAAUGCUGUAAUAUCCUGUAAACAUUUCCUGCUGUACAAACAUCAGAAGGGAUCAAUUCUACUUUCUUCUCUUUAAAA